AUGAAACAAUUUAUCCGUAGUUUUGCUUCUACUAGACCUGUUGCUAAUUAUGCAUCAACCAUUAAAAACUUAAAAGUCAAUGCUGAUACUAAAGUUAUUUACCAAGGUUUCACUGGUAGACAAGGUACUUUCCACGCUGAACAAGCUAUCGCUUAUGGUACCAAAGUUGUUGGUGGAACCAAUCCAAAGAAAGCCGGAACUACUCAUUUAGGUCAACCAGUCUUUGCUUCUGUUAAAGAUGCUAUUAAAGAAACUGGUGCUAAUGCUACUGGUAUUUUCGUCCCUCCAUCAAUUGCUGCUAAAGCCAUUGAAGAAGCUAUCGAAGCCGAAAUUGAAUUAGCUGUUGCUAUCACUGAAGGUAUCCCACAACAUGAUAUGGUCAGAGUUGCUCAAAUUUUAAAAACUCAAAGUAAAACCAGAUUAGUUGGUCCAAAUUGUCCAGGUUUAAUUGCUCCUGAACAAUGUAAAAUUGGUAUCAUGCCAUCUCAUAUUCAUAAAAGAGGUAAAGUUGGUAUUAUCUCAAAAUCAGGUACUUUAACUUACGAAGCUGUUGCUCAAACUACUAAAGUUGGUUUAGGUCAAUCAUUAGUUAUUGGUAUGGGUGGUGAUCCAUUCCCAGGUACCAACUAUAUCGAUGCCUUAACUUUAUUCUUAAACGAUCCAGAAACUGAAGGUAUCAUCUUAAUUGGUGAAAUUGGUGGUACUGCCGAAGAAGAUGCUUCAGAAUUCUUAAAAGAAUAUAACUUAACUAGAGAUGUUCCAAAACCAGUUGUUUCAUUCAUUGCUGGUGUUUCCGCUCCUCCAGGUAGAAGAAUGGGUCAUGCUGGUGCCAUUGUUGCUGGUGGUAAAGGUGAUGCCAAAUCCAAGAUUGCUGCUUUAGAAUCUGCUGGUGUUGUUGUUGAACAAUCCCCAGCUAGAUUAGGUAACUCUUUAUUAAACGAAUUCAAAUCUAAAGGUUUAUUAUAA